UUUUUCUGAUUUUUGUCUCAUGUUAAUACUAAUAACUCAUAAUUUUUCUGUUCUUUCUGCAUUUUCCAUUCCAAAACCAACAGCAUUAUUGGAGUUCGACGAUACUUUCUUCUGUUCACUUUUUGGAAACUCUCAAGCAAAACCAACUUUUCUUCUUUUUCCUUGUUCAACUUUUGAUUAAUCUUCGUCUUCAUUAAUUAAUAUAAUGGGGGUGUGAUGAAAUUUCUUUGGCUGGAUUGAACAGAAUCAGAGUUUUAAUGGAGUUUUUUCUUACCAAAAGGGCUAAAACCAGAACAAACUUUGUGAAAAUCGUUAUUUUCAGUGUUUAUGCAUCUCUUGUUUUGACGUCUGUUGCACAACUUCUGCCUGAAAACGAAGUACAAGUUCUUGAAAGAAUAUCAUCGAGAUUACAAAACAAAUACUGGAAUGUUACGCGAAGAUCUUGCAGUGAGAGUACCGGUUUUAACAUGACCAUUUGGGGUGACGAUGUCUACAGCAAUGUGACUUGUGACUGUUCAUUUGUUAACAAGACUGUUUGCCAUGUGACGCACAUCCAGAUGAAGGGUUUCAAUUUGACUGGAAUCUUGCCUGCAGAAUUUGCGAAUCUUACUUAUCUAAAAGAGUUAGAUCUAACUCGCAAUUAUAUCUAUGGAUCAAUUCCUCCAAUCUUCGGUCAGCUUCCUCUUAUUACUUUGUCACUUCUUGGAAACCGUAUCAAUGGCAUAAUUCCGAAUGAACUUGGUGAUAUUAGCACUUUGGAAGAGCUGAUUUUGGAAGAUAAUCAGCUCGAAGGAAAUAUUCCACAAAACUUGGGAAGUCUGAGAAAUUUGAGGAGACUCCUUCUUUCUGCAAACAGUUUCAACGGGACAAUACCGGAGACAUUCAGUAAUCUAAAGAACUUGACAGAUUUUAGGAUCGACGGCACCAGAAUAACAGGAAAGAUACCAGAUUUAAUUGGCAACUGGACCAAACUUCAUAGACUAGAUAUGCAAGGCACAUCAAUGGAGGGCCCCAUUCCUUCCACAAUAUCCCAGUUAAAAAACUUGACACAAUUGAGGAUAUCUGAUUUGAGCGGACCAACCAUAAAUUUCCCCAAUUUGCAAAACCUGACAGCCAUGGAGGAGUUGACAUUAAGAAAUUGCUCAAUCGAUGGUCCAAUCCCAGAAUAUAUAGGAGACUUGAAGAGUUUAAAAACAAUUGACCUGAGUUUCAACAUGUUGAAUGGUCAAAUCCCGAAUAAACUUCAGGGAUUGUCGAGAUUGGUAUUCCUGUUUCUGUCUCAUAACUAUCUAAGUGAAGAUGUACCUGGAUGGAUUUUGGAUAGCAAUGAGAAUAUGGCCUGUGUGUGCAGGGAUGUAUCCUACAACAACUUUACAGCUUCACGAGUAACUGGCUGCCAGUUCUCCUCAUCUGUGAACUUAGUCGCCAGCCAUUCAACUUCAAGCAGCGACACAACUCCAUGGUGUUUGAAGAGGGACAUCCCUUGCGCCAGUAAACCUGAAUAUUAUUCCUUGUUUAUAAAUUGUGGAGGAAGAAGGAUUACCUUUGAAGGAAAUGAAUAUGAAGAGAAUUUAAGCAGGGAUGGUCCAUCACACUUUGAGUCGCAUGAUGGAUGGGCUUAUAGCAGCACGGGGGUGUUCGUGGGAAAUGAAAAUGCUAAAUUUGUUGCAACAAAUAAUUCUUCUCUGACAAUGAAUGGUGCAGAAUUUUAUCAAACAGCUCGCCUCGCGCCUUCUUCGCUCAAGUAUUUUGGACUUUGCUUGCGCAGAGGUAGCUACAGAGUGCGCCUCCAUUUUGCUGAAAUAAUGUAUACAAAUGACACCACCUUUAGCAGCCUUGGAAAGCGGCUAUUUGACGUGUCAAUCCAAGGUGGGGUUGUUUUGACUGACUUUGACAUUGUAAAGGAAGCUAAUGGUGUUAGGAAAGGUAUUUACAAGGAUUUUAAUGUCCUCAUCAAUGGCAGUACUCUGGAGAUCCACUUGUACUGGACUGGAAAGGGCACCACUGCCAUCCCUGACAGAGGGGUAUAUGGACCAUUGAUAUCUGCAAUAGCUGUGACACCAAACUUUCAUAUUGAUACCGGGGGGCUAUCUGCUGGAGCUAUCUCUGGGAUUGUAGUUUCUUCAUGUGUGUUCGGAUUUUGCAUUUUAGCUGCGCUUUGGAUGAAAGGUUAUCUUGGAGGAAAAGAUGUUGAAGCUAAUGAACUUCGAGCCCUUGAUCUACCGACUGGUCACUUUACACUAAGACAAAUCAAAGCUGCUACAAAUAACUUUGACCGUGCUAACAAGAUUGGAGAAGGAGGAUUUGGGCCUGUGUACAAAGGUGUACUGUCGGAUGGUACAAUUAUUGCUGUGAAGCAACUUUCCUCCAAGUCGAAGCAAGGAAACCGCGAAUUUGUUAAUGAAAUAGGCAUGAUAUCUGCUCUACAACAUCCUAACCUUGUCAGGCUCUUUGGCUGUUGUAUAGAAUCAAAUCAGCUGCUGCUUAUAUACGAAUACCUGGAAAAUAAUUCUCUUGCUCGAGCACUUUUUGGUCGUGAGGAACAACUGUUGAACCUCAACUGGUCAACAAGAAAGAAAGUAUGCUUAGGAAUAGCUAAAGGUCUGGCAUAUCUUCAUGAGGAAUCUCGGUUGAAAAUCGUCCAUAGAGAUAUAAAAGCUACAAAUGUGCUUCUCGACAGGGAUUUAAAUGCUAAGAUAUCAGACUUUGGUUUGGCUAAGCUUGAUGAGGAAGAAAACACCCAUAUCAGUACGCGAAUUGCUGGAACAGUAGGUUAUAUGGCUCCUGAGUACGCAACGAGGGGUUAUUUGACAGACAAAGCAGACGUCUACAGCUUUGGAAUAGUUGCUAUCGAAAUUGUCAGUGGAAAAAGCAACACUAAUUACAGACCGAAAGAGGAGUUUGUCUACCUUCUUGAUUGGGCUUAUGUCCUACAAGAGCAAGGGAAUCUUUUAGACCUCGUGGAUCCUACUCUCGGUUCAAAAUACUCCGAGGAAGAGGCAAUGAGGAUGUUAAAUUUGGCACUGUUGUGCACAAAUCCGUCUCCUACACUUAGACCGUCCAUGUCUUCUGUGGUGAGCAUGCUUGAAGGCAAAAUCCCAGUCCAAGCACCAAAAAUCAUGCGCCGUACCCCAAGCGAGGGUAUUAGAUUCAAAGCCUUCGAGAAACUCUCACAAGAGAGCCAAACACAUGUUUCGACAUACUCUCAGGAUAGCAAGGAGCAAAAGAGUGAUUCAGUUGAUAUGCCAUGGAUUGAUUCUUCGAUCACCUCUUCAAGUAGGGAUGAAACGCGGAAUCAAACUCAUGGAUCAUUCUUCAGCAAGUAGGCUUCUUCCUGCUUUUUAUGAUGUAAAAUUAGAUUGAUUGAUGAAGCAUAUCUGAUACUCGUGAAAAUGUUUUGUUGUAAUUUCCAAUCUGUAAGUUGAAGAAAAAACUUUAGAUUCAAUGAUCUAAAUAAAUAUUAUUUUGUCACCGUUUUUA